UGUCUCGGUAUCCCGGCCCGGGCUCCUGCUCCGGCGAGGGAAAUGAAGUUGGAAGCCAGGUGUGGUGCAGCCAGCUCAGAGGUUCCUAAGCCUGAAAACAAGGCCACAUUCAGACGGGCUGAAUCAGGGCCUGAGGCCAAGGCCAAGCCCUUGGGGGCCAACCCCAGGUCCAGAUCGCGGCCUGACGCCAAGGCCAAGCCUUUGGUCUCCGUGGGCACAGAACGGGAUUUUGAGGAGGUGCUGGCCAUCUCGGGGGGCAUCUCCAGUGACCUUGACCACUACGUUCCCAGCCACUACCACAGCCGGCUCCGGGAUCCCGACGGCACCGUGGUGCUGGCCAAGCGCGUCGGCCCUCAGAUCGUUCUGGAGUCGGUGCCCUUGAUCGACGCCAGGGAGACCGUACUGGUGGAGGGGCUGCGCGUGGCGCCCAGGGAGCGCGGCAAGGGCGUAGCGCGACAGCACCUGGGGGUCAGGGUGGCACAGCUCACGCGGGACAACCCUGGGCCCCGGGAGCUGAAGAAAUACCGCCCAAUCACGCAGCAGGUGAGAAGGACCCGGGAGCUCAGCCAGGGCCCUACACCGACCUCGCCCCUCCUUGGGGAUCCAGGCACAUAUUCAGAGGCACGCCUCCUGCUGUCGCCCUCCGCACAGCGCGACGAGCUUCGAGGGACCAUUAUCCAGGACUGGCAGCCCUACCGGCCGAGGGAAAGCAGCCCGCGCCCGCUGGCGGCCAAGGCCUGGAGGGCGCGUGGACAGCCCCGCGUGCUCACGCUGUGCACGCGCCCCUUUCCCAUCUCGCAUGGUGGUGACGGCACGUGGCGCUACCUCAACAUCAGCGCCUUCGGCAGCGAUGACGCGCAGGUGCAGAGCCAGCUUUUGCGGCAUCUGCAGCCCCAGGCCCCGCGCCUCGCCGGCCUCAUCGUCAUGUGCCGGCUUUUCCUAGCGCCCCAGUUAUGGUCACAGCUGGCUGACUUCUGCCAGGCCGGCCGGGGGCUCGAGCUGGUCAAGGGUGAUACGGAGCAGCAUCUGCUGGAGGCCGCCAUCUAGGGUGUGUCCUAUCGGAGGGGACAGAAGCAGCACUUUAGAUCUGCCGAAAGCCCCUACCCCUUCUGUUCGCAAGCUCCGCCCCCUGCCCCUGCUCUCCGCGGUCGGCUCUGAAGCCUCGCCUUACUCGCAGCGCCCUAACUUUUUACCCUGACUUCUCUGGCGCGCCCCGAAGCUGUUGCCCACGCCUUGAUCCAAACCACCGGGUUUGGGGGAGGCCCUUGCGCUGAGAUUGUCCACCCUUUCCCCCUUACUGGCCGAAGAAUGGGUUCCAUCCCAGACUUCAGAGCCUUUCCUUGUCCGCCGCCUGGCCUGACAGUGAAUUCGGCCCUUCUUGGCUUCUCCCUUCUGCCCCCUCGCGGAUGGGAGCGGGCAGAAGGAUAUGCUAUGCCCAGCUGCUCAACACGUAUUACUUUUCUUCCCCCCGCCCUUUCUCAAGCUCUCGGAGCUUGCCCAGCACUCUCCUCCUUGCCUCCCUCUCGGCCUCCUGCCCUUCUCCAUCACUAUCCUCUCCCUCUUUCCCUCUGUGUCCCCACCCUCCUAGACACUUAGCUCCCCGUGGCCCAUUUGUCUGUUCCUCCAUUCCUCUUCCCCAUGACCUUUUCAUCACUCACCCCGUUUGCAAUACGGAGCCUGUCAAUGAACUGGAAUUAUAAUGCCCUGUUGACCCUCCAGGGACGCAUCUUUCCAAGCCUCCCGCCUCUAACGGGUUUCCUCCAACUUUGCACGAUGUUGCUAUGCCAGAGGCCCCCUUCCCA